UUGCCAAGCCCGACCUGCUUUUGGUUCCUUGUUUGCGAGCCCGACGCCGUCCACAAGGAGGCACGACCAGCAAGCAACAUGCGUUCCGGACAAGGCUUAGGUUGUACGAGCAGUGAGAUGCGUUUUGGACAAUGUUACCGGCGCAUGGGUUGCUUUCAAUGCCUUGUGUUGCACCCCUCGAGUCGUUUCGGUAUGCUAGCUCAUCUGGUUUCUCCCGUCGCGCGUACCUAUAUAUCUUUCAACUUGUUAAUAUUUUAGGCGAUUCAAAUUAGCUAUCGCCAUGUACCCCAAGUCAUCCUACCUCGUUCUCAUCGUCGCGUGCCACCUUCUAAUGCUUGUGACUCUAUCGAAAGGCGCGCCUCAUCCCGCGACAGCCAGUGAGACUGCGAGCAACGCCAAAAAAUGUGACUAUACCAGGGGGAGGUGGUUAAGCACCAGCGCGAUACCCGGCUACCAGCCGCCGUAUCCCGACGCGUGUAUUGCCUCGCUCAAGUGCCCGCAGCCUCUGCCGGGCCAGAAGCGCCCCGCCGCGUACGCGUGGCUGCCCGACCCGCCCUGCUCGCCCCAGCACUGGCGAAAACAGUCCAACCAGCUACUAACAAUGUACAGGGACUCCACGAUGGCAUUUAUCGGGGACUCUUUUAACAGUGCCGUGGUGGAAUCGCUCAAGUGCAUUCUCGCUCAGGCCUCGCCGUACCAGGCAGAGACGAUCAAGAUAGGGCAACUCAAGUACUCGUGCCUCCGUUUCAUCAAGUUCAACUUGACUGUCAUGAGCAUCAGCAGCGGCUACCUCGUCAACAACCCUGCCUAUUCUGGAAGCAAUGUGACCUACCCCAACCCCCGGUGGACCGUGGUGCUGCCGCGCACCCGAGCAGCCGUCUUCACUGCGGGCCAUUGGUUCUUCCACGAGAAGCAACCCCCACCAUUGGAUCGACUCCGAUCCGCCUUUGCCCUCACGCGCAACCACCUCCAGUCCACCAACUACAGCGGCCGCGCACUCGCCCUCUCCUUCUCCCCCCUCCACGUCACCAAGGCCUGCAGUGUGGCUAAGGCACCGCUCCCUGCCUCCUCCUCUCCUGCUGCAAUAGCAAAUGUGACUGUAUCGAAUGCGAUUCCCGCUCUUAGAGCACAGAAGUGGGUGUUGCGGGGUUCGAGGCUGCGGCUGGUGGAUGUGACUACAAUGAGCCGAUUCAGGGUGGAUGCGCAUUUAAGGCGGAAAUCCGAGCACGAGAGGAUGGACUGCAGCCAUUGGUGCUUGCCUGGCGUGCCUGACAGCUGGAAUCAAAUCCUCAUCUCGCACCUGCUGGGGCAGCAGGAUUGAUGGCGAUGCACCACACACGCUGGUGAAGUCCUCUGCAGCUAAUGGGAAAAUAUGGAGAAAACAUGUAUCCUGUACAGACUCGUUGGAACGCUGUAAAUGUUGCUCAUCAAUGUAACAUGUGAUUACUUG